CCCAACCAACCCAAAGCCAAAAAGAACUGGCUGGGAGGGAACAGUAAAGCACAAAAAUCAAGAAAACUUAAAACUCCCCUCAAAAAAUGGCCUUUUUUUCAUCAUCUUCUUCUCUAUUACUUCAUUUCAAGCUUCCCAUUCCUCAUACUAAAAGCCCAUUUCAUAGAUUUUCUUCAAAUUCUUGUUUGGUACCCACAAAGAUUUUCCCCAAAUGUUGUUCUAAAAACUCAAAGUUAUCAACUCUUUUCAAGUGUUAUUCUCAAAGACAGUCCACUGAACAAAAAACUGAAGAAAUUGAAGGAAAAAUUGUUUAUGACUUUGAAAGACUUUUUUCUAACCUCAAUCAAGUCACUUUGAAAAGAGAACCAGGAAGCCUCAGCAGCGCCAUUUUUCUCGUUGCUGGUACCACUGUAGGUGCAGGUAUUCUUGCUAUUCCUGCAGUCACACAAGAAUCUGGAUUUCUAGCCUCUGCAGUAGUUUGCAUUAUAUGCUGGAUUUAUAUGGUGGUGACUGGACUACUUAUUGCAGAAGUAAAUGUGAAGACAAUGUGUGAGCUUGGUUCAGGCGGUGUUUCAUUGGUGUCAAUGGUCAGGAGAACCCUAGGAAAUGCAGGAGUGCAAGUAGCUUGCUGGUCCUACAUUUUCAUCCAUUAUGCCCUUCUUGUUGCUUAUGUGGCUCGUUCUUCAGAUAUAUUAACAACCUUCUGCGGGAUUCCAUUAUGGGAAACCGCGACCUUGUUUUCGUUUCUUCUUGGAGGGAUUUGCUUCUCUGGAAGCCAGCGAACUAUUGGUGCGGUUAACGGUGUCCUUGUGUUUGGAAUCAUUGCCUCUUUCACAGCUCUUGUGGUUGUCACCAGUGGAGACUUGCACUGGGAGGCUCUUCUGAAAGCUAAUUUUGAAGCUGCUCCUCAAAGUAUACCCAUAAUUGCACUUUCUUUUGUUUAUCAGAAUGUUGUACCUGUUCUCUGUACAAAUCUUGAAGGGGAUCUGUCAAAAGUAAGGAGCGCUAUAGUUUUUGGGACAGCAAUUCCCCUUGCUCUAUUUCUUGUUUGGGAUGGUGUCAUUUUAGGAACAAUCACAGCUCUUGGAACUGAAGCAGACAAGAUUGCGGAUCCACUACAACUAUUGCGGUCUACUAAUGGAAUCGUUGGGCCAAUAGUUGAUCUCUUUUCACUUUUGGCAAUUGCUACUUCUUAUAUCGGGUUUGUCUUGGGCCUUGCGGACUUUCUUGCCGACUUGCUGAAACUCCCGUCGGGCCCUAACAGGCCCCUUCCGUACUUACUUACUUUGGUUCCUCCACUGAUACUUUCACUGCUAGAUCCAGAGAUAUUCUUUAAAGCGCUGGAUUUUGCGGGAACCUAUGGAGUUUUGGUGCUUUUUGGACUUCUUCCAGCUGCAAUGUCCUGGUCAGACAGGUAUUCGGAAUCAACUCAAACUCCAAACUUACCUCCAGUGGUCCCCGGAGGAAAGAUCACCAUUUCACUUGUUUUCGGAGGUGCAGCAUUUGUCAUUCUUUCGGAAAUAGUAGAAAACUUUGCACAUACAUAGUUGUUGACAAUGGAGGUGAUUAUUUAUGCUUGUAUCUGCUCGUCUCAUCUCGAGUUACCACAUUUCCCAGAAUGUUUCUAGAAGUGCUAGCUAAUUUCCAGUGUAUGAAUUACUGUUUGGAUAUACUGGUGAAAUUGUUGUGCAUAUGAUCAGGUAGAAACAACAACACUAGAAUAAAGUUCUCAGAGAUUGGAUUAAUCAUGUUUUAUUCACUGAAAUUAUGAAAGAAAGUCAUUGUCAACUA